GCAGUCAACAAUUUGAUGAUGAUUGAGAAGCAUUUGCUGUGACCCAAAAAAUGGGACGAAAGUCAAUUUUUCUCGUGGUUGUCCUGUUUUUGUGCGGUUGUUCUGCCGCGGUGGAUAAUUUGGUUUGCACAGAUGCAUUCUGUCGGACCUACAGGGAGGAGAAUGGAUGUCCGGUUAUUGCUCUUCCGUGUAGAGCAAAAAAUUCCACGCACAGUGGACGCCUCUUCCCAUCACCAGUUCCCUGCGGAUGCUGCGAGACAUGUAUUGAGGAUCUUGAGUUGGACAGUGACUGCACUAUCGGCUCUCCAGGUGCUGCAAUUCCUCUUGCAAGGUGUGGACCUGGAUUAAAUUGCACCCUGGAAGAAGAAGAGGAGCAUCCAACAUGCCAAAUUAUAACUGCAACAAGCUGUAUGAUUGAGCAAAUUUCAUACGACAAUAACAGAGAAAACACCGGUUUAAUCGGACAUUUAAUGCAGAGAAUUCUCUGCGAUGAAGAUGGAGAUUUUGCUCCAAUAAAAUGCAUCCCUGGACAAAUAUGUUACUGCGUUGACAAAGCUGGCGAAAGGAUCUUCGGAGAAUCGUUGAAUUUUCGUGGAAUUGAGAAUGUGAUGAAAUGUGAAUGUUCCCGAAAGGAAGCUGCCCUCGAGCGGGUCUUAGGAACUGAUAUGAGGAUUCCUUUUGUUAGAUGCGACGAAAUGGGAUCAUAUGAUCGACUGCAGUGUAUUGGAGAUCGGUGCCUAUGCGUUGAUAUCCAUUCGGGCUUUCCCACUUCGGGCGUCGUUAACAUAACACUGCAUGGACUACAGACCCUUCCAUGUUUUAACGAAUCGGGAUACGGAAAUGAAACCUACGUACGAAGUUGCGAGGAAACGAAGACAGUCUUAGUUCAAAAACUGUACACAAUGGCUAAGAUGGGACUUUACUCGGCUAACGAGACAAAACUUCCGGAGAUUUGUCAACCAGAUGGUUAUUAUGCGAGGAUUCAACAAAAUGAUACCUACAAAUUCUGUGCUGAUAAAUUUGGGGAGCCAAUUCAGAACUACGCAGCAACUAAAAACUCCACUGAAGCAGAAAAUAUGACUUGCAACUGUGCCAGAGUUGAGCUUUUGCUAAAGCAGAAGAAAGCUUUGGAGAUUCCAAUUUGUUGUCCUAAUGGGAACUACCCGAGCCUGCACUGCCGGAGGGGUUUAUGUUACUGCAUUGAUGAAAAUGGUAAUCAAAUAAGUCUCGAAAAGCCUCAUGAAGAGAUUGAAGAAUUGGAAUGCUACAACGAUGGCCAAUUUUGUUGAAGACUUUCACAAUUAUUGUAAGAAGGAUUUAAGAACAAUUAAAGAAAAAUCACAAAAAAAUCUAAAGCCUUCCUU